AUGCCUUUCACUCUCUCCAACAAGUCUACAGAGACCAUGUCGAGCGCCGCCUCCACAAUCUCAACUGCUUCAACCCUGAAGGGAGCAGACGCAAACAAGAAGUGGUUCUCCCUUCUCCCUUCCAAGACAACCGACUCCAAGCCCAAAUCCAACGCCGAGAAAAAGGCUAUUCACCACGAGGCUGUCGCUACCUACCUGGCCCUGCGCUAA